UGGUUGAACCCUAGUCACGUGACUCUCCUCUAACUGGAGUUUCCACAUCUGAAAUGCGAUUUUUUUUCGGGGAUGGGGGGGAUUGAUACCCGCGGAUCCCUUAUAAUUCCGCGGACGCCAACUUGUGUGUUAUGGGCGACAAGAAGAGUCCCACAAGGCAGAAGCGGCAACUGAAGCCGCCCGCCGACGAUGGCUGCUGGGACUGUAGCGUCUGCACCUUCAGGAACACCGCAGAGGCGUUCAAAUGCAUGAUGUGCGAUGUCAGGAAAGGAACGUCAACUCGGAAACCACGUCCUGUUUCUCAACUGGUUGUCCAUCAAGUAAAUCAGCAAUUUGCUCCGCCCGCACACUUGAAAAAAGACAAGAAAGAGCGAGACAAGAACGAUAAAGAUCCUUCGCCGAGGAAGAAAAGCCUAAAAAAGAUGAGGCCAAGGUUAAAAAACGUGGACAGGAGCAGCGCUCAGCAUCUUGAGGUUACCGUUGGCGACCUAACCGUAAUAAUCACAGACUUUAAGGAAAAAGCCACGCCCACGUCGACUUCAACAAACGCCACCUCGGCGGAAUUUCACAGUCAAAACAGCUCCAGCUCCGAUAACACCGAACGAGGGGUAUCCCGAUGUUCCUCGCCGCGGGGAGGGGGCUCAUCGGUCAGCGGCGACGCUCACUAAAUCAUUGUGGGUUGUCAACUGAGCAACAAGUAGCAUUAAAUGAUGCAAUGUGAUGUUAAUAACACAUUGUAGUUUACUUUAAAAAUUUAUUAUUUGCACUUAAGUGGUAUCUUAUUGUUUGGGUUUUAUUUCUUAUUGGUCAACCUAACACGUUGUUUUUGUUUCAGAUGUGUAUCGAGUCAAAAUAGUCAACAGCAUACAGUUGAUACACUCCAUAUCUGAGCAUGAUUUAAUCUAUGGAAUUGUUUAUAUUGUAAAAUAAAACUUUGUUGAUA